GCAAACUUGACACUGACAUAUCGCAUUCUAGACUUGUUUAGAAUCGAUUUUAAUCACUCUUUCAAUGGAUAAUUCCACUCAAUACUACAAUUGUUGGAUAAUAAACAACUUAUUUGCAGCCAGCAUAAGUGAUUAUCAAAUAAGCGCUCAUCUAUGUAAUGUCGAUACCUUUGAAAGAAGGCGUGUCGGUGUCGGACAUUUGCACUGACACUUGUGAUUAUGUUAAAUUUAAUUAUUACUGGUGUUGCCGUGUCAGUGUCGGGGUCUUUUUUCGGAUUUUUUUAAAUUAUUACUGGUGUCACCGUGUCAGUGCCGGGUCUUUUUUCAGAUUUUUAAAAAUUAUUACCGGUGUGCCCGUGUUAGUGUCGGAGUCUUAUUCGGAGUGUCUGUGCUUCAUAGGCUGUGCUUCAUAGGCGCUCAUGAAUUAGCUUUUUCAUAACAAAAGGUAAAAUAAAUUUAAAUUGUAGUGUACUAGUAGGUAAACUCAAACAAGCCAAUCUAAAUAGAAAUAAGUGCUUAUGCCAGUGCUUAAUACGUUGACUGUAUAGCUCUGAGGCAUGCUACAUAUGCAAAUCAUAGGUACACAUGAGAGCGUAACCAGAGUGCACAUCCAUUGAAUUGUAUUUGAAAUUGUGAAGAAAUGUGUUUUCAGUUGUCGACUUGACUGACAUCGUUGUCCCCAGGUUUCACCCAUUUAGUAUUUACUAUUGUAAGUAAAUCAGAACCAUUGAAUGAAGAUUGGGAAACUCAUACUCUUACUUCAGACAAUUGGAUUCAAAACAAGAUGUUGGAAUGUGAAUUACUUGAUCUUCACUCAACAGUUAUUUUGGCUGCAAUGAAUGCCUGAACUAUUGACUGCAAGGAAUCUGAUCCGUGAUAUGCAUAUCAUGUCAUGACUUAAAUCAUCAACAAUUAAAGAAAAUGACCGGAUCUUGCUAGUUAUUUGUAUCUUGUGAUUUGCUACUUAUUUUUCAAAUAUGCAAAGCAUAAAGAAAUCUAUACUGAGUCAUGUGAGUUUGAGAAGGUCAACUGAAAGAUGGUUUUUGGCCAAAGAUAAUAACGUGCUUAUGCAUUUGAGAUGCUGGUGCACUUCAACCGGUGCCAGCUCUGAUCCGAUUCUGGACCAAGUAAUCAGACUGGUCAAGAAGUAUGAUAAAAUUGAUGCAGCAAAGGUUACUGAAACAGCUGAUUUUCAAAAGGACUUGAACCUGGACAGCUUGGAUAGGGUUGAGCUUAUUAUGGCUCUCGAAGAAGAGUUUUCCCUAGAGAUUCCUGAUGAGAAAGCGGAUAAGCUUACUUGCUGCAAGGAUGUUGCAAAAUACAUAGCCUCUGAAGUUGACCAAAAACUAUAGGCAAGCCCCGACUUUUCAAUUGUUUUUGCUUUUAUUCUUUGAUUCUGGCAUAUAAAGAUGUUUUUUUGGUUUAGCUGUAUGAAUCUCUGUCAAGUCAGCUUGAUUGAAACGGACAAAUAGACGUCUUUGCUGUUAUUCUUA